GUGCAGAAGUUGUCAGACGGACUGGUGCCAGUUUUCGUUUUUUAAACCCUGAGGUAGUUGUAUUUUAAAUCAGCGUGGUUAACAGCUAAUAUCCAUUGGCGUUAUUCACGUUUGAUACUAACAGCGAGCCGUAAACAAAAGGUAUGGCAGAACCCAGGGUGGCUACCAUUGAUGGGAAACUAGCUGAAGAGUUUGCAGCUCCCUCCCAUGUUGAAGAGCUUAAGGAGCAGAUGGCUGCAUUUGCAGGGCUGCACGGGGCUGCUGGCCGCAAGGUGGUCCUCAUCACAUCAGGAGGCACCAAAGUGCCCCUAGAGUCUCGAACCGUCCGCUUUCUGGACAAUUUCAGUAGUGGCAGGCGAGGAGCAUCCUCAGCAGAGUACUUCUUGGACUCCGGAUACGCUGUGAUCUUCCUACACAGACAUCGUUCCCUGUACCCUUAUACGCAUACGUACUCAGGCAUAAAUCUGCUGGACUCCCUACAGUUACAAACUGGAGGUGGUGUGUCCCAUGAGUCUAGUCAAGUAGUGGUGAGUCAGCAGGCCUUUCCUAACAUUGCCAAAAUACUGAGCCGUUACCAAGAAGUGAAAGAAGCUGGACUUCUGCUGCCCAUUGAGUUCAGCACUCUGUCAGAUUAUCUGCACCUCCUCAAAGCAGCGGCACAGGCACUCAGCACAAUAGGUUCCAAGGCCAUGUUUUACUUGGCUGCAGCUGUGUCUGAUUUCUACGUCCCGUCAUCCGAGAUGCCUGAACACAAAAUACAAUCUUCCAAUGGACCACUUCAGAUUACCAUGAAAAUGGUCCCCAAAAUUCUGUCCCCACUGGUGAAAGACUGGGCACCACAGGCGUUUGUUAUUUCCUUCAAGCUUGAGACAGACUCAUCCAUCCUGAUAGAGAAAGCUCGGGGGGCUCUGGACACCUACCGGCACCAGGCAGUAGUGGCAAAUGUACUAGAUACCAGGCGAGGCUACGUUGUUGUAGUGACCCCUGAAACUCAGGCUGAGCUCAUCCUCACAGAGGACGAUGUGAGGAAAGAGGUGGAGAUAGAGGAAAAGAUAGUCAGUAAUCUGACUGAAGCACAUAGCCUGUUCAUAACCAAACACCAUGGCUGAU